CAUUAUCAGCCGUGUCUCAAAUCCACUGUGCAGCAGCAUUUUCGGCCACCGUAUGCACGUUUUUGCGCCAGCUGCCUCUAAAAUGCCGUAGGUAAGCAGCUCGCUAGGUUUUGAGACACGGCCAUUUUCUGUUUUCAAACACGACUGAGCUGAGAAUAGCUCAUUGAAUUGUAGGCAUGACCGAGGCCGAUAUUGCGGUAAAGUCCAGCCCGCGCGACUAUAAAAAACUGACGCGGCUGUACUGUAUGAAUGGAGGAUUUCACCUUCAGAUCUUGGCGGACGGGACAGUGGCUGGAGCAGCUGACGAAAACGCAUACAGCAUACUGCGCAUAAAAGCAACAAGUCCAGGAGUGGUGGUGAUCGAAGGAUCAGAAACAGGUCUUUACCUCUCGAUGAAUGAACAUGGCAAGCUGUACGCUUCAUCAUUAGUGACGGAUGAAAGUUAUUUCCUGGAGAAGAUGGAGGAAAACCACUACAACACAUAUCAGUCUCAAAAACGCGGUGAAAACUGGUAUGUCGGAAUAAAAAAGAACGGGAAAAUGAAAAGAGGCCCAAGAACGCACAUCGGGCAAAAGGCCAUUUUCUUUCUUCCACGACAGGUGGAGCAGGAAGAGGACUGAAGGAUGAAACCUGUGGCCAGUUACAUAAGACGCUUAGUAUUAAUAGUAUUACAAUUGAUCUCAUUUUGUUUUUUAACACUUUGACUAACUGCUAGUAUGACAAGCUGUUUUAAUAUUUAAAGGGGUCAUAUAUGACAUUGCUUAAAGAAUAUCAUGUUGCUUACACUAUUUAUUGUUAAAAAUCAAACAUUAUUUUGUCAUACCGUACAUUAUUGUUGCUCAUGUCUGGUCUGGCUUUUUCGAAAUGUCUAGCUUUUUACGAGGCUCAUCAUCCUGAAAAGCGCAGUGUGCUCUGAUUGGCCAGCUAACCACUUUGCUGUGAUUUGCCAAAUACCUCAAGCAUGUGUCAAAAAUGUUACGCCCUAACUACCUUUUUAACUCGAGGCUGAAUCUGAUUCAGUAACUGCAGAUGACCAAGCUGAUCGAUUAACAUUACCAGUGUGACUUAAGUAGAACGUAACAGAUUGGUAAGGUUUAUUUUAGACAAUUUAACAAUGAAACCCAUGGUGUUUCCACGGCUUACCUCUUUAGAGACUUUAACCUUUGAGGAUUUACUGAUCUUUUCUAUGCACAAACAGCUUUUAAUACUCCAAAGACCAUGAAGGAAACCAUGAAAACGUUUCAUAUGACUCCUUUAAUCUAUGAACUACUGUAUCUGUUUUUGAGUUAUUACUUAUUUUUUAGAUUCUAAUAUAUAUUAUUUAUUAAGUAGGCCUAAGCUAGUUCUUAUUCAUUUGCUACUGGUGUUAAUUCAGAUACUAGUGCUAUAGAUACUAGUACCCAUUGUAGAUACUCGUCCCUUGUACUUAAUCCACAAGACACGUAUUCAUCAGAACUUAUAUUUAUAGGGUCAUGAAAUUUCCUGUCAGUUCAAGUUUAUCACAAAGUAAUAAUUAAAAAAAAAAGGUAAUGAUGAAAGCUGCGAGCAUGAGGAGUGUCAGUGUGCAUGACGAAGCAAAGUGGAAAUGAGUAAUAGUCCAUGCUGACUCAAAAGGCUGAGGUAAAAUGCAAGAAUUUAUAUUUAAAGAGUGCUUAUUUUAAAAAUGAAGUCGCACACAUACCUACGUUGAAGGUAUAGAAAAAUCCUCAGGCACUGGAGCGUUUGAAAGUCUGUCAGCAUUUGAGUGCGGUGUCAAUCUGCAGACCAAUCAUGAACACCUAUUGACUGAAUACUUCAGAAACAGUGUCUUCUCACAGGACAAGAAAACUCAGUCUCAUAAAUAAUAAUUAGACACUGAUGAGUCAUUGAAUACUCACAAUUCUACGCAGCCCUUGCAGUCCUACAUCACCACCAGUGAUGACAAGAUUAGGGGGGGAUUCUCAAAAUUAGCCAGUUGUUCCCUACAAUUAGAUGCUAAUGUUGUCUUAAUUGACAUUCAACACACACAAAUAUGUUAAAAUCUAAGAAAAACUUGUCAAGGGUUCUGUGACCCUUUAAAAGAUACUAUUUGUACAUUAGUCACUGGUACUUCUUAUUAGAUACCAGUACUCGUAUCUAUUUAAUAUAUACUAGUACUGCGCUUCUUUAAUUGGUGAGGUCUGUUGCUAAAUUUUUGCCUUAAAUUCUGUGGGAGUUCACAUGUAUCAGAUAAAUGUUCUCAUUAAUUAAACACUAGUACUUAUUAAAUACAUACUAGUCCAUUUUAACUAACUACUAGUUCCAAUUUAAAAUAAAAAGCCAAUUUUUCACUUGAAAAUAUUGUCAGGCUUGAAUUUCCACUGCAGGCAUAAUAAUCAAGGAAGUUUGCUGCAGUACCAUGGCUACAGCAGGCGCAAUGACAUUACGCAGCACAAAGAAUAGUCUCCAGCUAGGAAACGAUGUUAAUGACCAUUACCAAGGCUGGUUUAAACUAAACAUAGCUGGCUUAGGCAGGUUAAGUUGUUCAUAGAAAGAGAAGUAGUUAACAAUUUUAAGUGAGAAGUGCUUAUUAUAUGGUAUGUGAAUGACCCGUAUGGGUUUACUGUUACUUUUAUUCGAGUGUGAAUGAUGUUGACUGCAACUUUCUGGCCUACUAAAACGGUAUCAUUUGGCAGUGCAGACACAAGCCUAAUAAAGUUGACACAUACAGUAGGCCUACACUGCACCACUCAGUGUUCAUCAGGCAUAAAAGAAAGGACUUUCUCCUGAAGAAAAACAUGUUAUAGAAAAUACUGUGAAAAGUUUCUUGCUCUGUUAAACAUCAAUUGGAAGAUAUUGUAAAAAGAAUAACAAUUUCACAGAAGGGCUAAUCUUUUUGCCUUCAACUGUAUGCUAAGCUGAGCUUAAAGUGGAGAUCGACUGGAUGAAUUAAAAAAAAUGGGUUAAUUUUAACAAUUGUUAAAAUCUAGGGGAGUUGUUAAAUGAGAAAAGUGGAGUGCUUCUUUAAGCAAACAAGGAUUAAAUAUAUUAUUUUCUAUUUUGGUCAAGAACAAACCAAAGAAGAGAACUGAAGUAUGAGCAAAUUAAGUUUAAGUAACUGGCCCCUAGUCAUAAAUGUAUGCAAACGCAUAUAUUAACCACAUAAUCCAGAGUAGUCUAACUCUAUUAACACAAACUCAAUGAGAUAGACAGCUAAACAUACAGUGUAUACAGACUAACAAGCAUACUAACUCUUGGAUGUCAGCAUGUUUUGUUUAAGUGUGCACUGGAUGAAAACAUAAAACUACUACAAGAGUAACCUAUUUUUUUAGUAUGAAUUUAUUUUUUUAGUUAAAACAAAUUGUACAUUUCAUGUGGUUUUGUUUGUUUGCAUGUUUAAUGUGCGUCUAAUUGUGCUCGUUUCUUUCAUGAACAAUGCAGAAAUAGCAUUAUUGUGUAAC